CGUUAGAAUGGCAGGAGUCGGAUGCCGCCGAGGGACGUUACUUUAGUGCCACAGUUCAGUUGUUGAACUGCGGUUAUGUGUUAGCGUUGCUGCGGCUCGUACAGCGAACUGUUCGUUGUAAAAGUUAGACGCGCUUCCCGCCGCCUUGCGCCAGCUGAAGCAUGAUGCAUCCUGAGCGACCCAGAGCUGACUUGGCCCUGUGGAGACAGCAAGCAGAUUUAUCCCCCCAGGGCACUCAAAGCACCGGACUACUGCAGGGUCUCAUCCAGUUCGCCAAGCACCCCUCCUUCUACUUCCUGCUCCCCAGGGUCCUUGCAGCAGAUGUGGCUGCUGCCCAGCCUGCACAGUUACCCUUACUCUCCCCCUCCUCCUCUGACACCACCACCGAUACCCCCGUUCCACCUAUUUCCACCCCCACUACUUUACCAAAGCAAAUCAUCAAGCCAGUACUCCGGGAUACUGGAUGGGAGCGGAUCAAGGACCUCUUUGACAGAGAUGAGACACUUAAAUACCCGGAGGAGCUGACCAACGUGAUUAAGAGUGGUGCAGCCGCUGCGCUUAUCGGGUUGGUCUACGGAGGCAUGCCAGCAGCUCGCCAUGCCAGGCAGAGGUACAUUCAACUCCACCAGGCAGAAAUCUACACCAGCCGUGUGGACGCCGUGCGCUCGGCCCAUAAUGCAGCCAUCCGUGGUUUUGUGAGAUACGGCUGGCGGUGGAGCUGGAGAGUGGCUGCGUUUGUCACCUUGUUCAAUUCCAUCAGCACAGGGUUGUCUGUGUACAGAGACGAGUACAGCCUCAGCCAUUAUGUUGCAGCAGGAGCAGUGACUGGAGGCCUUUUCCGACUCAACCUGGGGCUGAUGGGAAUGAUUGGAGGGACAGUCAUAGGAGCAGUCUUGGGGUUUCCUACUGGUGCCUUGAUCAUUAGCAUGCAGAAUAUGGCAGGAGAACCAUUCCAAGACAGGAGGAGGAGAGAACGCAGAGAACUCUAUGAGCUCAAACUGGCUGAAUGGACGGCACGCAUGCAGUUGACCGAAGAUCUGAUCGGUGAUUUGGACGUCAGUAACCAGUCUGACCAAACUGAAGAGGACAUGAAGAGGAUCGAGGAGCUGCUCAGCUUACCACCAAACGAGACCGUGGCCCAGGACAACAACAGCCAAUGACGGACGCCACAAUACAGUCUGAGGGACCAUAGACAAAAGGCAUCCUCAAACGUGGACAUUGAUUGUGGGACUUCCCGUAUACCCGUUUAAGUUAGGUGAUGAAAAAAGACUUUACCUCAUACUGUCUUUUAUUGAGUGGAAACCACGUUGACUGAAAACUAAGAGAGACCCUCCAUUCCUUCAACCACCGCCACCAUGGUGUUGAGUCUUCAGCAUCACCCACAGUCGCUUCAGUGGAGCUGAAGGCUGAUUGUACCGGGCAGCCUCCAGGUCUCAUUGCUUGUUAAACUGAGCAUGUGAAGCAAAGCGCUGAUGAAGAACGCUGCGUUGCGUGAACUUCCUCUGCAUAAAAGAACAUAAAAAAAACCUGUCUGUUAUUGAAUGUAACCUAUAUUAGUAUUUAUGGUGUUACUUCACUGUCAAAGAUGUGUUGUUGACAUUGUUAUUUGUUCAGCAAACAACAAAAUCAUGUGCAAAGGUGUAGCUUUUGGUCCAGCCCUCAGAGAUGAUAUUGCCACAGUUAAAAGUGUAGGGCCAAAUUUAAAAUCAUAGCUAAACUUUAGUCGGGGGAGGAUACCAGAAGCCCAUUUUUAAUCAUUAAAAUACUUAUUAAGUGAUUUGAGCAGCAUUAAGAAGAAAGUAAUGAGUUGGAGUCUCUGAGAAAAACAUCUUGUACUUGGUAUCAGCUCCCACCCACAUUCUGUGGAUUGGGAUUAAAAAAAAACAAGAUUGGACAACAGGAAGAGCUCAGAUCAGUGACGAUAUCCCAUAGCACAGAUAUUUAAGUGACAUUUAAGUGCCAUUUGACAGUGGAAAGUAGAUACUGACAGGAAAGAUAAGAGUUUGUUGCAUUAGUAAACCAUUUACUAUGCUUGUAGCGAGUUUAAAAGCAGGCGUUGGUGCACGUUAUUUACGGAUUUACAACUUCUGAAGUGUUGAUGUCAUCGGAUCAAGUCUUAAGGAAUAUUCCCAAUAGCAUACAAUGUGGGAAAACAAAAGUAAAUCAGAGCAAAUAAGAAAUAUACCGUUUCCUGCAAGGAAGUCCUGCAUGCUCAUGUGCUGUGCAAGUUUCGCCUGAAAACAUUACAAAAUAUUACAAUCCAGAUAAUAGAUAAAUGCCUCUCACAACCUUCUUUAUUCUCUUCCUCGGGGCUGGGGUGGAUGUCAACAUAAAUGCAUUUCUAAUGUGUCUGUAUGUGUUGCCUACCUCUCAACACUGGCCCUAUGUGAAUGGAGUGUGGAUGACAAUAAAGCCACGAGUCAUUACAGAUGUAUUAAACAUGUGACAUUUAAAGCACUUACACUUUCAGAAAGCAGAUGGUGUCGUCGCCGUUUUGCUGAAACUCACAGCUUUGCACAGGAAAUGGGCUUUGGCCGCAGAAGUGUUGCACUUGGGACGAGAUGGUCAUUCUAAACAUCUGUUGUCUUGACAGUCCUCCGCUGUUCUUACCACCUAGAUGGUUUAAA